GAGUGUCGCGAUUCCCGGCGACUCGUUGCCUGGCUGCACGUCCUGUCCCGGCGCCGCCAACCGCUGCCCCUGCCCACUACCUGCUUCUUGCCGGGCAGGAGACGGUGAAUACAACGCCGCGCGCUCUUGUUUCCGUGAAGUGGAUAAAGUUAACGCAGCGUUUCCGCAUUACAACAUGCUCACGUUUGUUCUCGUGAGCGCCCUGCUGCUGACUGUUGAGGGUCAGAGCAAUGGAGGGACGCAAGCAUCGAGGCCUGCGGCGAGGCCCCCUGGUCCCCGCCUUCUCACCAUGGCGGGGCGCUACCAUGCUCACCGCGGGGAGUCUGUCACACUACCCUGCGCCGUCAGUAACCUAGGGCGCAGGUCAGUGUUUUGGCUGAAGGGCGACAGUUUGCAGUCCCGGGAACUGGUGAUGCAGAUCCACGGCAUCAGGCGGCGACCAGUGGCCAUGCGUCAGUUCCUGCAGGACUUGCGAUCCGGGAAGCUGUCCACGGAAGGCACCAACCUGAUCAUCAACAAAGUGAGCGCUAAUGACAUCGGCACCUACACCUGCACUGUGGCCUGGGCGGGGCAGUCAGUCACCCACGUGCUGGAGGUGACGGACACCGAGUCAGCGGAGAAGGUGGUGAUGGAGUACUUCCCCCCAAGCAAGAACACCACUGUGGCCGAGGGCAGCAGCGUGACCUUCGCCUGCCGCACCCCGGGGGUCGCACAGCCCUCAGUCACUUGGUACCGCGAGGGCGCGGAGAGCGAGGUGCUGCAGAUGGGGCCUGUGCUGCAGCUGGAGGAAGCGUGGCGGCAGGACGCGGGGCGCUACAUGUGCGCGACGAGCGGAGAAGCGGAGCAGCAGGGCACCACCUUUACUCUUCACGUGCAGUACGUGUCAGUGAAGGCAGCGGUGGAGAGGAUAGAGGUGAGGACUGAGGACCGGCGAGCCAGACUGACCUGCUACGUGGAAGGUUACCCGGAGCCACAGGUGUCGUGGUAUCGCAACUCGGGCCAAAUCUCGGAGGGGCCCAGACACAGAAUCAGCGCCGCCUCUGGACAGUAUCAUCUGGAGAUAGAGCAGAUCACCACGGAGGACCUUGGGGAGUACCAGUGUUACGUGCACAAUGGGGUGUCGAGGGACCUGGCCACUGUGACCUUGAGUGCCAUCCCCGGCCAGGCACGUGUCUUAGAAGCCAAGCAGACCCAGCCCCCGAAGAUCUACAAUGUGACCUGGACCGUGGAGAGUGUGUUGCCCUUGAGGUUGUAUAUCCUGGAGUACGGCAAGGAAGGCAUGCCAUCAGAUCAGCGGAACCUCACCUACAUCGGGGUCACGACACAGCCUCGCGGGAUGACCUACGUGGAGAGCGGUCUGUUGACCCUUGACCCCGCCUCCACAUAUGAGCUGAGGGUACGCGGCGUGACUCAAGACAACCAGCAGGGACCUGACAUGACCCAGCCCUUCAUUCUUUACACAGACUUCCACCGUGGCAUUGCAGGCGGCGGCACAUCAGCGAAGGUUGCCCGGAUGUUGCGCACCUCCCUGCCCAUCCUGUCCCGCCUACCCGCCCUCGCUCGCAAUAUCCUCCAGUAACCACAAACGCUAAGUUCAACCAGAUGGGCCCUAUAUUAUGAUGAGUUUAGUGUUGGUACGCUUAUUAUAGUUCAUUACAGUUUUAUGAUCUAUGGCGCGUAUUUGGGAUACUGAGUAUCUUUCGUUAAACCUAGGAAAAGUAUGCAUGAUUAGUUUCUACAGCAUGAUUUAAUCUUAUGAGCGCUCCUUCUGACCCUAGCUGUCUUUUUCUCUCCCUUAUUUUAGAGACGUGGCAUGUGUUGAGAGUCUUAUGAUUAAGUUUUCUGGAAAUUAUGAGUUAAUAAUUUAAAACUAUUACUGCCUUCAUAUCAAUAAUACCCCCCCAAAUAUUUUUAGAGCCAAAUUUGGCUUACUAAGGUGAGGAGGAGUGGCAAUAUUUUUAUUAAUGCUACACUCAGCUGCCUCGCGAAAAGGAAAAGAACGCCGCGCCUGUGGGUUCUAGAUUAAAGCUUUGUGGAGACUGCUGUAGCUGUGAAGAUUUCCUUGGAAGCCUAUGGGUUUCCCCUAGGAGUGUUGCACUAGAGGGGAUCUUUCUUUAUCUAUAUGUAUUUUCUUCUUACCUUAUACUUACUGAUUGUAGUUUUCGGUCUCUCUGUUGUAGUAAAGAAAUAAACCUUCCACCUUCG